AUCUAAUCAAUUAUGACCGUUACCCUUAAACUUUCCCAAGCCUAGCUAUUUCGAUCAACAUUUGAGCCAUUAUGUAUUUUCAAGCAACCUCUAGAAAUCACACGUGUGUUAUAAAUAUUCACUCAUUUAUAUACUUCUAUUUAUUUUUUACUUUUUUGCCUACUUGGCUGUAUUCUAAAAUGUUUACGUAAUGCUUAUCCUGAUUCGCAUCUCAUAGGAUUCCUCCUCUGUCCCAAAAACACUACGCCUUGGAGUUUUAAAUUGCCUCUGGCUAAGUUUCUAGCCGUUGGAACCAAAAUUUGGACAGCACAGAACUGCGUCUCUUCUUCUUCUUCUCCAAAGAAUCGAAUUUUACUUUCGUCCGAUCUUGUUGGUAUUUCACGAAAAGAAAGGGCAUUUUUUCAGCACUGAGUUUCCCUUGCCAAGUUUAGAUUUUGAAAUCUAUAGUUGGGGUUUGUGGCCAAGAAAAUGAAGGGGGUGAAAGGAAAAUUGCUCAAGAAAAUCAAAUCAAUCAAACCCGCUGACUAUCUUAAGCUCCAAGAUCGAAUUCUUCAGGUGAGUUUCUCAAAUGGGUACGUAGAUUCUUCUCCCAACGAUGUCAAUGUUCAAGCUCAGAGCAGGUUGAGUUUCGAAGGAACAGAGGAGAAGAAAAUUAACCGGAGUUGCGUGGCAGUACAAGAGCCCGAUGUUAUCGAUGUGGAAGAGCUGAUGAAAGACCUUGAAGAAGAAGAAGAUAUGGAUUUUGAUGAAGAUACAGACGACAAGGAGAACAUCAGGCCACAUUUGUCUACGAAGAACCCGUUUUAUCUCAAACCCAAUCCAGAGAUUUCGAUAAGAACAGAGCAGGGAUUAAGAGAGAGAAGGGUUUCGAAAGAUUCAGAACUGUCGACACCAGAGCCUGGUAAUCACAGACAAACUGAAACAACCCCUUUAUCGGAGAUGGACAUCUCGUCUUUCCGGCGGCCGGAUUUGAACUCGCAUAGCCUAUUUGAUCCGAGACUGCUCGCCGCAUUUCAUCAAGCGGUGUUGGAACAUAUCAGAAUGAGCGAAGCGGAGAGAAAAAACAGAACUGAAGAAAAGAGCAAAGAAGAAGAAGAAGAAGAAGAACACGAGCCACCUUCGAAAGCUCCACGAAUCGAAAAAGAUGGUGAUGGGGAUGAUGACCCUUUGCUAGAAUUCGAAGAGAAGUGUCCACCGGGUGGUUCAGAGUCAAUAAUCUUCUACACAACAACACUGAGAGGGAUUCGAAAGACUUUCGAAGGCUGCAGCAGCAUACGCUUUCUUCUCGAGAGCUUUCGGGUACUGUAUUACGAAAGAGAUGUUUCGAUGCACUUAGAAUUCAGGGAAGAGUUGAGGAUGAUCUUGGAUGGAAGAGCACUUCCUCCAAAGCUUUUCAUUAGAGGAAGAUACAUUGGUGGAGCAGAGGAGGUGCUGGGACUACAUGAGCAAGGAAAGCUUAGGCCACUCUUCAAAAGUGUCCCCAUUGAUAGGAGUGAUGGCCCUUGUGAAGGGUGUGGAGGAGUAAGGUUCGUGGUUUGCUUCAAUUGCAAUGGCAGCCAUAAGGUCAUUAGUGAAGAAGAUGAUGGUAAUGGUCAGUACCAAAUUUGUCCCAAGUGUAAUGAGAAUGGAUUGAUUAUAUGCCCUCUUUGCUGCUGAAACACUUGGCUUUUUUUGUUCAUUUUCUUCCUUUGUAUCUACGAUUUUCUUUUUCUCUUUUUUCCUGAGUUAUUUUUCUAUUCAUAUUCUUUUGAUUCUUUCUGUGCUGGUUGGAGUACAAUUUCUGGGGCAUUAUUUGGCUAUAUAUAUAUACCUGUUUCUGUGGAUUAAAGUCAGCUUCUUCCUUGUUCAAUAUGUAAAAUUCAGAGUGAGCAAUAAAUGGAGAAGAUUCCUUAAAUUCU